GCGUGGGGGAGCCGUGAGGCGUGAAGGAUGCCUAUACGUAAAUUUCUGGGGUCCGUUAUUAUGAGUACCCGCGGGAAAACAACGUUAUGCAUAACUAUACAUAUGCCCGUAUACUCACGUCUUUUCGCUUCUUGUUUUUUCUGCGCUCCACCACCAUGGUGAGGAAUCAGGUCAAGCGCGUAGUCGGAUGAAUGACGUCGAGAGCAUAACAGCUAUUUCAAAGGGUCUGCUGUGCUGUUGCGGAAGUGUCGCGCAACAACUUCCAGGGCGGAAAACGCGAUGAACCUGCUGGCAGAAGGGAGGACCAGCCAGAUGGAAAUGAGUGCGGACGCGCUACUGACUGCUGCUCCCUCCACUAUACGUGUAAGUCGCCGUGUGUCGUUCGUAGAUUCGCUCUUUUCACGUUUAGUGUACACACGCCGAAGCCCGCUUUUCUGCUUACGUAUGUAGAGAGAAUAUUUAUCGGGGAAAUCAGCUGCACGCUUAGAGACUCACAGUAGCUCCGCCGAAGCUCCCGUUAGUUUACGGUACGUCAGCGCGAUCUGCUGGAUUUGAGGUUAACUUUGAGGUGAUAUUGUGAUAUUGUGAUAAGCGAUUGCCGACUGAUGGAAAACGCGAGUGUUGCGAUGAUAAGUGCUCGAUGUGGGAGUAAAAGAGUUGCAGCCACCCUCUGAAUUCGAUGCAGCUCUUAAUUGAUCAGGAUUUAAAUAAGAGAUGUUAGUUUUUUCAACAGUUUAUCCAGUUUUGACAAGAAGUAGAAAUGUAGUAAGGCGUUUUGCAACUCAGAAGAAAACCAGAACCCGGAAUGAAAUUAAGAAAUUUCAUCAAAUUCUGGGAGUAGCCGAAGACUGUGCGGACGAAGUCUUGAGAUUGGCUUUCGUAAAUCUAGCGAAACGAUUUCACCCCGAUAGCGGUACCAAAGAGGCAAAUGCCACUCGAUUCUCAGAGAUCGAAAGCGCGUACAGAGAAAUACAACGCAACCGUUAUGAGAGAAGGGAAGAGGAAAGUAAGAAAAAUCCUGACGUCGAGGAGUUCGACAUCAAGCACACGGCACCGCAGCACCGACACUACUUAGCGGACGACGUGGGAAUCGGUACCCCGAGCGUAAGGCAACGGCGUUACGCCGCCGAAAGAGCUCAACGUGCCAUGGAGAACGUUUUGGAGCAUCGGUUGAAGAAGAUCCAAGCGACAGAGAGGAACACCCUUGUCGGUAUGGAUAAGCAACGCGCCAAGGAUAUCAAAACGCGCUACGGCAUGGACCGUCUUGUCGAGGAUCUCAUUCAGGAAGCGAUGAACAAGGGCGAAUUCAGAGACCUUCCGGGCUCGGGUAAGCCGCUGAAGGAUAACGCCUGCGCGCAGAACCCUCACGUUGAUUUCGUCACUCACAAACUGAACCAGGUUUUAAUCGAUAACGGUUUUACCCCGGAGUGGAUACAAUUGUCUAAAGAAAUUCGAGAAGAUAAAGAGGAUUUGAAGAGACAGUUGGUUGACGCAAGGAACCGCUUGGGCGAAUUGCCUCUUUCUCAUGAAGACGAAUAUCAGUGGGAAAGGACUUUACGCGAUUCGCGAGAUACCGUCCAGAGAAUCAACAAAAAAGUUGACAAGUUCAACUUAUUAGUGCCAAUUUUGCAGAAACAAAUGCUACAAGUCAACUUGAAAUCUCUGGGUGACGCUGUACUUGCUGUGCCACCAGACAAGUCGGCUGUGUCGAAUGCGAAAAGUAAUUUAUCUAGUACAUCAGAUGGGUCGGAGGGAAACUUUGUACAGUUUUUCGCGUCUCUUUUUGGUAAACAAUAAGUGUAAAUAACUCCCAGAUUUUAGAUAAAUUCAAAUUUACAAAAGUUA